UCUGCUCCCAGCACACACCGGGAAGGCAAGCAGUCAAAAACAGCAGAAUCCAGGACUUUCAAUUCACCCGAGCAAACUGACAGCAAACUGCUCCUAACCCUGGGUCACUGUAAGGAGCUAAGACACAGCAACAAGAGCAGAAGACACAGGAAAAGGAUAACAGUAAUAAUUUGGUAAAACAUGACUGCUUUGCUUCUGCUGUGUGUCUGCCUCAGUGUCGUCUCUGCAUCAGUACUGUUUGGAGACAUGGAUGAUCAGGACAGCACACUGAGUGUGAGCAUCCCUGUGGAGCAGCCACUGCGCCCCCUGCUGGGUGGGAAGAUGGUCAUCCCCUGCUACUUCCAGGACAACACAGUCCACGAUCCUGGUGCCCCCACCAUCGCCCCCCUAUCCCAUCGCAUCAAGUGGAGCUACAUUCAUAAGGGCCAAAUCAGCCUUGUCCUGGUGGCCACUGGAGGAGUGGCGCACAUUGAGACAGACUACCUGGACCGGGUCACCAUGGUGAAUUACCCUACUAUGCCCACCGACGUCACCAUAGAGAUCACAGAGCUGCGCUCCAAAGACUCUGGGACAUACCGCUGUGAGGUCAUGCAUGGCAUCGAGAACAACUACGACUCAGUGGAGAUGCAGGUUCAAGGCAUUGUGUUCCACUAUCGAGCAAUCACCAGCCGCUACACCCUGACCUUUGAAGAGGCCAAGGCAGCCUGCAUCCAGAACAGUGCAGUCAUAGCCACACCCGAACAGCUGCAGGCUGCUUACGAUGAUGGCUUCCAUCAGUGUGACGCAGGCUGGCUUUCAGACCGAACUGUCAGGUACCCUAUUCAUGAGCCAAGGGAGCCUUGCUAUGGAGACAAAGAAAAUUUCCCAGGUGUAAGAACCUAUGGAAUCAGAGACGAUAACGAAACGUAUGAUGCGUACUGCUUUGCAGAGAAGAUGUCAGGCAGAGUCUUCUACUCCAUGUCUUUUGAGAAGUUCACCUUUGCUGAGGCCUCAGAGCAGUGUGCCAAGCUUGGAGCCCACCUGGCCACCACAGGGCAGCUGUACUUGGCCUGGAAGGCUGGGAUGGAUGUGUGUAAUGCUGGCUGGCUGGCUGACAGGAGUGUGAGGUACCCCAUCAACGUCGCCCGGCCACAGUGCGGUGGGGGGCUCCUGGGGGUGCGGACUGUAUACCUUUUCCCAAACCAGACAGGCUACCCUCUCCCGGAGUCCCGCUAUGAUGCCAUCUGCUACGAAGGAGAGGAGGAAGUACCUAGUCCACCAACCGCAGGGCCUGAAGUAUCUAGUCCACUGACCCUAGUACCUGAAGUUGACAUCACCACAGAGCCUGACUUCAGCGUUGGCACGAUCACCUUCCGCCCUGACGCCUAUCCUGAGAAUGUUACCAGUGAGGUGGAGAUGCAAGGGGAGCUGGUCACUCAGGAGCCCUGGAGCACCACCACCAUUGAGGCUCCCCUACCGCUCCCUCCCUCCAUUAUAGGGAACAUCACAGAGGACGUGGAGGAUGUGAUUAUCGUGGCUACAGCUCAGCCUGGUUUGGGCCGUGAGCAGCCUAGAGACAAUGUCAGCACUGUUUCAGAAUCUAAAGGCAUAGUGUUCCACUACCACUCAGACUCCAAACACUAUGCUUACACUUUUGAGGAGGCUCAAAGGGCUUGUCAGCAGCUGGGGGCUGAAAUAGCCACCCCUGAGCAGCUACAGGCAGCAUAUGAGCCUGGCCUCCAUCAGUGCAGCGCUGGGUGGCUUAAAGAUCAGUCUGUCAGGUACCCUAUUGUUCAUCCUCAGUACAAAUGCUCUGGAGAUCAGGGGGAUGCUCCAGGGGUCCGCUCCUAUGGGGUCCAGCCGGCAUUUAAACGCUAUGAUGUAUAUUGCUACAUGGACCAAAUAAAGGGAGAGGUCUUCCAUGUCAGUUCCCUGGUAGGCUUCACCUACUAUGAGGCAACUGCCCAUUGCCGUAAGCAGAAUGCCCUGCUGGCCUCCACCGGAGAACUGUAUGCAGCCUGGAGCCAGGGCUUUCAUAAGUGUAGCCCAGGCUGGCUUUCUGAUCGCAGUGUCCGCUACCCUGUUCAAACCCCACAAUUUGGCUGUGGUGUGAAUAAAACAGUUCACACUAUUUACACUAACCCUGAUCAGACUGGAUUCCCAGACCCAUAUUCAAGACAUGAUGCCUACUGCUUUAGAGCAAAUCUGUCUAUGAUCAUGACCGAAGAUAUGCUGAAUGCCACAGGAAUGGAUUUCAACCUGACACACAUAAAAGAACUUAUAAGGCCUGCUCGUCCUCUUGUCCCUCCAAAGUCUGAGGAGGAGACUGGCUCUGGGUCAGCUCCAGAUGUGUCUGGCAGUGGAAUCCAUAGUGGUGAUGUUUCUGGCAGUGGAAUUCCCAGUGGAGAUGUUUCUGGCAGCGGAAUCCCAAGUGGAGAUAUAUCUGGCAGCGGAAUCCCCAGUGGAGAAAUAUCUGGCAGUGGAAUUCCCAGUGGAGAUAUAUCUGGCAGCGGAAUCCCCAGUGGAGAUAUAUCUGGCAGUGGAAUCCCGAGUGGAGAUAUAUCUGGCAGCGGAAUCCCCAGUGGAGAUAUAUCUGGCAGUGGAAUCCCGAGUGGAGAUAUAUCUGAUGGUGGAAUCCCAAGUGGAGAUGUGUCUGGAAGUGGAUUUCCCAGUGGAAAUAUAUCUAGUAGUGGAUUCCCAAGUGGAGAUGUGCCUGGAAGUGGAAUUUCGAGUGGUGAUGUGUCUGGUAGUGGAAUCGCCAGUGGAGAUGUGUCUGGAAGUGGAAUCUCCAGUGGAGAUGUGUCUGGUAGUGGAAUCUUUAGUGAAGAUGUAUCUGGUAGUGGAAUCUCCAGUGGAGAUGUGUCUGGCAUCAUUGUGAGCUUUGAGGGAAGUGGAUAUAUGCUUUCAGCAGAGGGAUCUGUGUCAGGGGGCCUUCAGGAAGCUGGAAAAGAGAGCGCAUUAAUUUUCCACCUUGCAUCUGGAGAUCUCAGUGGUGAUCUUUCAGGAUCAGGUGACAUCUCUGGAUCUGGACAAGACAGAAGUGGUUCUGGUGAUCUUCCAUCUGGUUCUGGCAGUGGAGAUAUGAUCACCUUAAUCGAUCACAAACAGAUUGACAUAUCCAGCUCACAUGCCAAAAAAGAACAAGAGUUAGGGACAGGACACAUUGAGGUGAGUGGAUUCAGUGGACUCCACAGUGGUGACAUCAUGAGUGGGUCUGGCUUAAGUGGAUUUCAAAGUGGUGACGUCAUGAGUGGCUCUGGAAUCAGUGGAUUCCAAAGUGGUGAUGUCAGUGGGUCUGGAGCCAGCGGAUUCCAGAGUGGUGAUAUCAUAAGCGGCUCUGGUUUCUUUGGCGUGUCAUUUGUGGACUCUGAUAUGAUUGACCUGACUACAAGACCUGUAGGAGAGCAGGAGGUGUCUGGAAUUUCUGGUGAGAUGUCUGGUGAUGUCAGUGGCUUUCCCUCUGAAGAUGCUUCCGGAAUGUCUGGGUUACCUAGCCAUCCAUCAGGGGAGAACUUCAGAUCUACUUCAGAGAGCGGGGAGGUCAUCUUGCUGACAGAGGAUGAGGUUAUAGAAGUGACCUCCAGGCCUAUUGAGAGCACACAACAGGGUCGUGGCACCCUGGAGCUGAGUGGAGAAGGCAGUUCUCCAGUGGUUCACACAGAAGAGUUUUUCACUAUUCUGCCUUCUGGUUCUGUAUUGGAAGAGGAUAUAAGUGGCAGAGACUUGAAGGAGGUUAAUGGCACUGAAAAAUCACUUAUAAACACCACCAGCACAACACAGACCACAUUAACCUACACCACCUCUCCCUCCAUUUUACUCCAAACACCAGCCACAGUGGAGCAGCCCACUGUCACUGAUGCAACAGACCCUAACCCCUGUGAUCCAAACCCCUGUGGUGAUGGAUCAUGUUUUGUGCAAGAUGGAACUGCGGCCUGCCUUUGUCCAGCAGGAUUUACUGGUGAAAACUGUGCAACGUCAGUACAUGGAUGUGAAGAAGGCUGGGUGGAAUUCAUGGGCAGCUGCUAUAUCCACUUUAAUGAACGGGAGAUGUGGACCGGUGCUGAGCAAUAUUGUCAAGAGCUUAACGCUCAUUUGGUUAGCAUCACUUCCCAGCAGGAGCAAAAUUUUGUCAACACUCUGGCUCAAGACUACCAGUGGAUUGGACUCAAUGACAGAGACAAGCAGAAUGAGUUCCGCUGGACGGAUGGAAGCUCUUUGCAAUAUGAAAAUUGGAGACCAAACCAGCCCGAUGAUUACUCUAACUCUGGGGAAGAUUGUGUAGUAAUGAUCUGGCAUGAGUAUGGCCAGUGGAAUGAUGUGCCCUGCAACUACCAUCUUCCCUUCACAUGCAAAAGUGGAUCUGUCAACUGCCGUACACCUCCUGAGGUGGAGAAUGCAAGGAUAUUAGGAACCAAAAGGGACCACUACCCAGUCAAUUCCAUCAUCCGCUACCAGUGUUACACUGGCUUCACACAGCGCCACCUGUCUGUGAUACGCUGUAUGCCAGAUGGCCAGUGGGAGGAGCCUAAAGUGGAGUGUGUAGGAAGCAAUACAAACAACAGACUACGGAAAAGAUCACUUAAGUGGCAUUCCAAAGCGGUCAGCAGUCGAACAUGGAGGAAGGUCCUCUAAACAGGAUUCAAGGCCUGCACUUCAGAUCAUCUAGAGGACUAUUGUUAGUAAAGAGCAUCUCUACACAAGUCUUAAUUGCCCUGAAGAGAACCCGUAGCCUCAGUAAGAGGGUAAACCUUAUACAAUGACGCACAUUAGAUUCUGUUCUGUAGUCCGCCUGGCUUAUUGGUUUCCGAGUGUUACUCAGUGCCUUGCUGUUGGGGAGAAAGAAGGAACAAAGAAUCUUGGUUGAGAGUUUGGUGAGAGACCGAAUAUCUUCCACAUUAAUUGUUGACAUUUUUUGUUCUGAGGCAACCCAAUGUCAAAAUAAGAUUUGAAGAACACUCUGAACCACACCAUAAAUCCAUGAGCGGGUCAUUUAAACUGAAAGAUUGAAUAUUUUCCUCGUAUGAAAAUGAGCCAAAGCUCUGCGCCUCCCCAAUGAAACACAUUUUGUGUGGAAGUAUUCUUCCAGGCCACCAGGUGACACUGUUGGUCACUUUUACGGUUUUGCUAAUGUAAAGAUCCCUGUAAUUUAGUCACUUUACUGUUUGGCAACACUUGUGUUCUUCUUUUCUGUAGGUUUAAAUGUGAAAGAAGAUGAGAGACAGAGUGAGCGAGGGUCAGGGUGGUCCUAGGCCUAUGAGUGACAUUUGAAUGUCGUAACAAGACAAAAGGCUACUGUGACUACAGCUGAAUACAAUGAAGUCAUGCACAUUAGUAUUUCAAAUUAUAUUCUUGGGAUACAAAUCCAUUUGAUUAGCAUUUUCCCCUUCUGAUUCAUUUUGUAAUAUGCACAGUGUGACCACAGAAGGCAAGUUAUCUCUGUGAGACUGUGAAAAAUAAAACCCCUUUCAUUUCCAGCGCAGCAAUGUCUAGAUCUCCAACUUGACCUCUUUGGGCCUGCCCCAAAAGGUGCCAUAAGCCCUGCAGAUCCUCCAUCAGGUUAGUCUUGGAGGGCCAGACGUGAUCUCAUAACAAAAACACACGUCUGGGGACAACUUGUUAAAUUUUUUUGUUGGAUUGUGGCAAAAUCUGACGCUAACCUUCCCCUGAAUUCUACUAGCCCAUGUUCUUUUAACGUCUAGAAUGCAACCAAUAACACAAGUAAAAGAGGUUAGCCUGCAAAACACUUUGCUUGCUAAUGGAAUUGUUUUUCCCUUUGCAACAGUUUCAUGCAAUGCAUCUACAUGAUGAAUAUGAGUUUUUUGGGGGGACUUUUCAGCUACAUUACAUCCAUAGGCUGACAACUGGCAUGUCUUCUGUUAUGCAGUGUUUAUUACUCCAUACUUAAGCCAUGCCUUCAUGAGGUGUUGGACUGGUUUAGAAAUUUCACAGUUCAGUCUGCUCUCUCUAGCAGGUCUAUGUACCGGCCUAUAUUUAGUCAACAAUGUGGGGACAUAUAGGCCAAGAUACUGAAGGUGCAAGGUUUAAAAGCAUGCACUUGCGAUAGACUUGUGGAACAUACUGGCUAUGCAUGUACUGAAAUUAUGUUGUCAAUCAUAAUUUUUUUAAAAUUAUUAUUUAAUAAUUUGCUUAUCUACUUGAAUACCAUCCUCUCCACCGUAUUGAUCAGAUGGCUGUAAGCAAACAUAUCCACCCUAAUUGGCCCUAGCAUGCAUCCCAAGAAAUUAAGCGAUCGCUGCAUUGAUACGAACCUCACUAACGGGCGAACAGAGGAAGAUUGUGAAUGUGAAAUGGCACCCUGUGGCUUUAAACUCCACUCGGGCAAGCACAAACGAGAACCGCAGGGCUACCUGUGUGCCAGUUGGGACAGGCCCAUUGUCACUGGAACUCAAUAUUGAAUCUGUGAUAUAAUUUAGUCACACUUAUAUGCAGUGCAAUAGAAAUUAAAGAAAAAAGACAAAAACACUAUUUAUUGACGACUACAAACUGGAAACAUAUUUGACUGCUGUCUUUUCAUACAGGAAAGAAUUUCCACAUGUAAUGCAUUGGCUACAAAUGCUAAUAUGCUUACUCAUAUUAAAUGACAAUAAUGAUGACACAUUAAUCUUCCCUCAUCAAAACAAAAAAGUAGUUCUGACUACUGGAGUAACUGAAUGUUCUCUCUAAGUUAAGUGGUGAAUAUUGCACUGGUUUGUUUUCUAAUCGUACAGAGCAAUAUCCAACACUUUCACAUGCACUGUCUUGCUGUCAGCUGUUACUUUCAACUAUGCUAAACUGAACUCAUACCUGUCAAAGUGCCAUACCUGUGUCCAUCAAAUAAACAGAGACUACAUA